UCCAGAGCGGGAUGGAAGCUAGCUAAACACCGGGAAGACAACCACCAGAGGAGGACUCAAACAGCAAACACAGACCUCAGGGGAGUCAGUCUGGCUAUUGUACAAUGAAGAGACGAAUCUGACGUGCUUUUUUGACACUUCGAAGAUGAUACGGAUACUAAGCGGGGCGUCUUUUAGGGCUGUUUGUACCGCGCAGUUGAAGCAGUUGAAGGGCAUUAGAAGCAGAGAGCUGCACAGUAAUUAUGACGUGGCCGUGGUGGGAGCGGGCAUCGUGGGUUUGGCCACAGCCAGAGAGCUGAUUCUGCGACACCCAUCACUCAGCUUCAUUCUGCUGGAGAAGGAAAAAGAGCUUGCUGUGCACCAGAGUGGGCACAACAGUGGAGUCAUUCACAGUGGGAUCUACUACACCCCAGGGUCGCUGAAGGCCCGUCUGUGUGUACGAGGCGCCACUUUAGCCUACGAGUACUGUGAGAAGAAAGGACUGCCUUACAAGAGAUGUGGAAAGCUCAUUGUUGCUGUGGAGCAGGAGGAGAUACCUAGACUGAAAGCGCUUUACGAACGCGGCCUGAAGAACAACGUGCGUGACCUCAGUAUCGUCGACGCUAAGGGCAUUCGAGAACGAGAACCAUACUGCAGGGGUAUAAUGGCUUUAGAUUCCCCGUACACUGGCAUCGUGGACUGGAGGAUGGUGGCUCUCAGCUACGGCAAAGACUUUGAAGAGGCAGGUGGAACAGUGAAAACUGAAUACGAAGUCAAUGAUAUUUCUACGGUGAAGGAAAGUCCUGCAGGAAGCACAGAAGGAAUGAAAUAUCCAAUUGCAAUCAGAGACACAAAGGGUAAUGAGGUGCGUUGUCGCUACGUCCUUACGUGUGGUGGUUUGUAUUCAGACCGCCUAUCGCAGAUAUCUGGCUGCAGUCCGGUGCCUCGGAUCGUGCCUUUCAGAGGAGAUUAUUUGGUCCUGAAACCUGAAAAACGCUACCUGGUCAAAGGAAAUAUCUACCCUGUCCCUGACCCUCGUUUCCCGUUCCUUGGUGUUCACUUUACCCCUCGGAUGGACGGAAAUAUUUGGCUCGGCCCCAAUGCAGUGCUCGCCUUCAAAAGAGAGGGUUAUAAUUUGUUCGACUUUAACGUCAGAGACUGUGCUGAUGCUUUGUCAUUCAGGGGCCUUCAGAAGCUGGUACUGAAGAAUAUGACAUAUGGAAUUGGAGAGAUGUAUAGAGGCGUUUUUAUCGGUGCACAGGUUAAACUCCUGCAGAAAUACAUCCCUGAAAUCGCACUAAGUGACGUACUCAGGGGUCCUUCAGGAGUUCGAGCCCAGGCUCUUGACCGUGAUGGAAACCUCGUGGACGACUUUGUGUUUGAUGGGGGGGUUGGCGACGUGGGCAGUCGGGUCCUCCACGUACGUAACGCUCCCUCUCCAGCUGCCACGUCCUCCCUUUCCAUCGGUGAAAUGAUCGCAGAUGAGGUGGAGACUCGCUUCUCACUGUAGAGAAACAUGGAAUCACAGAAAAAGGAAUACCAAAAAAGAAAAAUUAGCUUCUGGUCACCAUGUGAAGCCAAAAUGUGCCUCUACCUCAACAUCAGUUUUAUUUUAGAGACAUUUUAUAACAGGUCAAGCCUUAAUUUAGAGCAAGAAAAUGAUGUGUUUUGUCUUAAUUAUAUUUUAGGACUGUUGUACUCAUGUCAUGCUAUUAUAGGAGGUCUAAAAUGUUUACUGUCUAUUGCUCUGCACUACUUUUGCUUUAAAAUGAUCAGUUACUUAAUGUGAAAAUGUAGAAAAAUAGCUCUAAAAAUCUAGUCAUCAGUUUGCAAUAUUAAAAAAAUAAAUAUUUUGAAUAUAUAAAAACACUAAAUUUGAUGUGAAUGUAACUUUUGGGGGAAAAUAGACUCUUUAAAUUCUAGAUUGUUAAUUCUAGAUUGGAUUUGUUCUCCUAUUUUGUAUGUUUGUGUGUUUUUAUUCAACCUCUGAGAGCAGUUUAUCUUUGUCGUUUUAAUAUUGUAUGAAAAAAACUGCACAUGAAUUGAUUUUUCUGUCCAGAAAGCUGUAACUUAUUUUUGUGUAAUGCACAGCUAUAGCUACAGAACGCACAGUGUACAAAGAAAUACGCUACAUU